GAAGGGAGGAGAGGAGGGAAAACGGAGGUAGGAGGGGAGCGGAAAGAAAUUCAGAGAAAACACGAAAAUGCGUUUGUUAAAUGCGUUCUCUGAAAUUCGCCGGUUCCUUUGCAAACGAUCGCGCAGUCAAUUUAGAGGUACACAGUGACAGAGUGCCGGAGGAAGAACGAAAGAGAGGUGCAUGUGCAUGUACGUAGAUCGUGUGCGAGUGAGAAGGAGUAUUCUCCAACGCGCGCGCGCGCGCGCGUUCGCAUUCGCGUUCGCGUUUGCGCUCGCGCCCGUUCGCCGUCGCGUUCGCGCGUGUGCGUCCGAGGAGAAUGUGCACGUGUCAUCGUGUGUGCCUCUAGGUGCGCGAGAGAGCAGAGAUGGGGGACGUAGAGAGGAGACGGUGAGAGAGGAUGAAAGAAAGAGAGAGGAGAGGAAAGGAGAAGAGAAGAUAGUCGCGAAGAGGGCCGAUCGACGGCCCGCGCGAGGCGGACUAGAGUCACUCUUAGAUACUAAAAUGGCCGAAAAGAUUGCGCGCGGGCGCGCAAGAUGCGUUUCCUCGUUGCGAACGUCGUCGUGAGUGUGUUCAGACGAGCGGAUGACGAUCGUCGGACGCAUCAUUUGACGCAUCGUCAUCAGAUCAAGAGAGACAGCGAGAGAAAGAGAGAACGAAAGUAGGAGAGAGAGAAAGAGAGAAAGAAAGAAAGAAAAAGAGAGAGAGAAAGAGAUCCGGAGCAUUCGAUGUGUUGAUGUCGCAUUCGGUGACGCCUUCGCCGGCAUUUUUCUUAUCGUUGUUUUGUCUACGAUCAUCUUCUACCUUUCGACUGCCUUUUCCUAUCUGUUUCUCCUUCUCUCUCUCUCUCUCUCUCUCUCUCUCUCUCUCUCUCUCUCUCCCUGGCGGCAAAUUGACCCCGUUACGAGAGAGAUCGCCAGAGGCGAGUUAUUUCGCACGCUGUGUAUGUCUUUCAUUGCCGUUAGAGUUUUCUCAUCGCCAAUGUGAGGGAGAUGUCAGCCGAUCCGUUUCUGUGAUAUUAAUUAUGGUCGAAGCGGUUCGAAACGAUCGUUGGAUAAGCUCCUCCGUUCGUUAAUUGCCGCCAACGGCUCAAUUUUCAGCUAUUGUCCUAAUGUCAUCGGAGCGUAUGUAGCUCUCGAUGCAGACAACAAUUUUGGCCACCUGUUCGAUGAAAUUGAAGAGGGUUAAAGUCGAAGUUACGAGGAUCCGUAUAAAUCGUUUCGCGUGUAGGAUAAAGCACGCGUAAGUUUUCAGUGUAUCCGCAGGAGCGAUGACUCCGUUGACAGCAAAGUUUUGUGAUCUUGUUUACUAUCAGAGACAGCUGCGAAUUUUCUCCGGUAUUCUUUUACAGCUCAUGGAGUGUCAAAUUGGGAGGGACACGCGCUGAAAUGGCGAACUAUCUCGUUAGGCGUUAAGUCAUUGCGCGAUUCCGCACGGCAAUUGCCAUCGACGUCAUUUUUUUUCCACCGAUAUAUAUUUGUGCCACUCAUUCUUUCUCUCUCUGUUUGUCUGUCUGUCUGUCUCUCUCUCUCUCUCUCUCUCUCUCUGUAUCCUUUUCACAUGUCGCGCACUGCAAUAUCUCGACAACCACGCGUGAACACGCGCGCGCCGGCUGAAAUUUCCGCCGGCACGCACUGGCCACGUAAUAUCGAGAAUCAUAUUUUCGCCUCGAUAGAAAAGGCAUCGUUGUGACUAUUAAUCCGCGAGUCGUUUCACGCGAGCGAAUUUGAUCCAGAUCGAUUCCAAUCGCGCCAUUGUGUCGGAUAACGUUUACCAAGGUUCUUUUGUGCGCCGGAAAAACACGUUGCUUUGAUUGCGGGGCGCGCUUUUCCGAAAAUCGAUGCGAAUCUGUAAUAAUUAGCGCUUUGAGGAACUGAAGCGACCGGUGCAUUUCCGAUUUUGCACCUCAUCCGCUUCAGACGGGGAGCAUACGAUUACUCAAAGUGUAACGAAAUUGAGGUUACACGCGGGCGAGAUAAAUCGCCAAUGAAUUUUUCAUUUUGCGCGAAAUCGAUUCGUCCGAAGUCGGCGGGUGUCACGGUUCUGUUGCUCAAUUCAUAUGUUAAUAAUUCCCACUUAAAUGCAAUACCUUUUAUUCCCUUUUUUAAAUCACUGAUUCAGAGAAAAUGUCUUUAAUUUCCCGCUUUCGGAAAAUGUCAUUAAACGUCGCUCAAAGUGUUGCUGGCACUUCAGUAGCGUACUAUCGCUGAUAAUCAUUGUAUAAUAAUGAAUAUCAUGUGAUUCAUACAUACGCAAAUUUAGAAAUUUCCACGCAGCUCGGAAUUUCUUUCUUUUCCUGCGCGCGCUCAGAGUCACACGCGUGCCUGACGCGCGUCUUCUUCAAGGCGAGGAGACACGAGGAUCAAUUAAUAAUCCGCGGGAUCCGCGAUCGAAUAAAAAUGCUCGGCUGCAGGAACGGAAAUGCGUCGAGGAGAAUGCAUAGUAAAUGCGAGACGCGGCGGGAGCGCGAGCGCGCGCGCGUCUGUCAGUUUUAUCGAGCGAAGCCGGUCGUCACGUGUUCCGCGCGGAAACCUGUCGCUCCGACAAGUCGGAGAGACCGGAACCUCGUUGUCUCCGACGUUACCGACGUGUACAAGCGAUAUGGACGUCCGAAAGCUGAAAACGCGGAGAUUCGAGCGCGCUCGCUCGCACGCUCGCUCGCUCACGUACACGGCCGAGGCGCAAAUCGAAAUUCUUUCCGUCCCGUCCUCGGAUUUCGGUGUCCGUGCGGUGUCGUUUCAUCCGGUGGAUUCUGCCAAUAAAUUUCGAUCACUCUCCAUGAAGUUCCUUGAUAUCCCCCCGACAUAUUCCGAACGCGGACAUUGGGAUAAUCCGCGAAAUAUCACGGGGCCGCGCGGUUACGCGCGACGAGAUCAUCUCUACGUUCUAUUUCAAAACGCUUUUAAUUCUUUUCCGAUUCGGUUUUGACGCGUUUCACCCGCGCUCCCCUCCCCCUCCCUUGCCUUCCUAGCUCGUUGUGGAACAUCAGGCCGGCUCGCGACCCGAAAUUUCAAGGACUGUACGAUCGCGAGUUUUUCGCAGGGUGUUCAUUUGUGAGUGGGAGUUGGAGAGUUGCGAUUGAUUAAUUGUUCGAUUUUAUUCACUUGCUCUCUCUCUCUCUCUCGCUCUCGAUUCGUCAAGUGGAUUUCACUCGCGAUUCGACCACCGGUGUUCCUCCCCAAUCGAGGUCGAAGCAAGCUGCCGUUUGGGCAUCGCGAGAAUCGGUGGCGCACCUUUCGUUUUGCAAGAACUCGGCUCCGCCGUUCUUGUCCGGAAGGGUGGAAACGCAACCGAGGAGUAGCAGCGUGGCGCGGCUACUCCUCAGAAUGCAAUAUUCUUCCGAUAACAGAGGCGCGAUCUAUCGAGUAAACAGAUUCCUGGAUGUUUACGUUCUACGAACCAAUUACACUAUGCCCAGUCGAGCGACCAGCGCUUGGUUCGCAGGGUAAUUAGAACGUGCAUGUCGCAAAAAGAACGCACAGGCUGUGUGCGAGGCUAAUUCGAUGGAAAUGCGUGUAAACCGGCGUAAACUGGCCUCGCCCGACGCUCUUUUUUGUCCCGAUCGAACCCGGCGAACUCUCGCGGAAAUCUCGCGGCGAGUUUCACGCCGUUCUUCGCUCCACGACCGACGCCCUGCCAAUUUCCGCCUCGUCCCAUCGAGACCGUAGCGACACGUGACGAAAUCACGGAGUCUGGACAAGAUGCAGGCUGAAAAAAAAGAAGCCGUCGUAUUGAUCUUUGAAAUAAUUCUGUGAGCAAUCCAGUGUGUAUAUAUAUAUUAUUUAGUGAGAAAACAGCGACUGUCCAAAGAUUAGAGAGAGAAAAUAUAAGUGUGGAUGAAUGUGAGACGAGAAUCACGCUCAUAACGACGCGGCGGAUUCGCGUAGAGGAUUAAAACAGUUGCAUAAUGUUUGCGAUACUUGUUCUGGUGAAUUUGUACGAUACAAUGAUACCUAAAUGACACUCCGAGAAAAAGACUUGAAAGUUAAUUUGUGGAAUAUAAAGUUUAUUCACAGAAGCAAACCUUGUAUCUCACAAAUAAAUUUGCGAGUAAUUUUCCCUCAGUUGUAUUAAGUCACAUUUAAAUGAUGUUGUCUUUAUAAAUCGCUCUUGUGCAGCUGGUAUUUGAUAAAAGUUUCGCAGUUCUCAAACCUGCCAAUGCGCAAGCUCGUGCGCACAGAAGUUCGCAGUCUCAUUAACUUUGCGUGUUUAUAAACUUGUGGAAAACGUACAAGUGUCGCAAAUUUUAUGCAAACGACUAUACGCGUAUCACGCUUGCCGGCCAAGAGAGGCUUCGCGGAAAAUCGUAACGUAUGAUGCAGUCCCCCGAGUGAUUCGUGCAAGAAAAUGAGAAGAAAGAGAGAACCGUCAGACUCGAUUUCGCGUGGAGAGAAGUACCGUCAACGAGCGCGCAAUUUCUCGAAGCCGGCGAUCGUCCUCAGACGAAUCUCGUCACCGAUCUCUUUGUCACGGGAAGUUCGACUCAUCGGAGUGACUCACGGCCGCGCGUGAGCGCGGCCUCGCGAAUUUGCUCGCCCGUGGCGAUAAAUCGCGUAUCGUUACCUCGGAAGUAGCGGACGGCCGUGCCCGGUCGGACGUUUAACGGUGCGUUGAGCACGGACGUUUAUUGACGUAAUAAUUUAGCGAAAUUAAUUUGCGCGCGGCGCGAAAGAUCGGCCGUAUCGGCCGCGGCGGCUCGCGACAACACCGUCGCGAAUUCGUGCGGUAUCGACGAUACACGACCGCGCUCGUUUUCGUACGCGCGUGCCUACGCAGCCGGACGAAUUAUCGCCAGUGCGUUUCCCUCCUCGUCUCCUCCUCCCUCCCUUCUCUCCUUUUCGUUUGGGUAUACUUGUUUUUGUGUCUUCUUCCGCCAUAACUAUUUUUCUGUUUUUUUUUUAUUAUUUCUCAUCUCGUUAUUAACAUUGUCAUUAUUCUAAUCUAGUUUCUCAUCGUCUUUCCAAUACGAUGCUUAAACUUUCUUUUUCUUUUUGAUUAUUGAUUAGAAUUUCUUUUGUCUUUUUUAUUUUUCCAUCCGUAACUGUAUGUCGUUGUGUUACAUCCGCUACGAUAUUUUUUUUUUCAUUCUACUUUUAUAUGUAGAGUCGAAAUUUUGAUUCUACUCUCACGCCUUUCCAUUCAACGCCUAUUUUGAGAUAUUCUGAAAUCUACAUUAACUUCCUUUGGUUUUAUUUACCCGAGUCGAAAUUUUGAUCUCACUUUCAGCCUCAUCCCAUUAAAUCCCAUUAAAAACACCUAUUUUGAUAUUCUGAAGACUAUUUUGAAAAAAAAGUGAAAAGAGAAAUUUCGAACGUUAUCAGAGUAGGAGUAAAUUCAUUAGAAUUGAAUCUACUUUGUUAACUGAACUUCUACUGCGGUGUAGCAUAUUUUACUCUCGUACUGCCUUAUGCCUGAAAGAAUUUUGUCCUAAGACUUAAUAAAUCUUUCUCUCUCUCUUCUCUCUGUUUGUUUCGCUGCGAGUGUCAUGAGAGUAAUCGCCGUCCUCCUUCGUCCACGAAUUCGCGCGUCGAGAGCGCGUUACUCGACUUAUCUCGGCCUCCGUCAUUUUCGCGAAAAUCUCGCGCGGCCACGCCAAGAUUUUCCAGAAUAUCGCUCGUAGGCGUCGCCCGCGCCUCCAACGAUACUUCAUAUAACGCGCGCAGAUAACGAUCGGGGCGGUAUUAAAACGUAAUCAGCCCGGCCACGCGCAAUUCCCGCGCGAUUAUAUCUCGACGGCGCGAUCGGGAAAGCGCCGAACGCGCGAUUAUCUUCGGCGCGUUUUCGUAUCGUGCGGUUACUACAUCUACAUUUCUCGCGGCCGCACAGCGGCCUGAAAUUGAUCGCGCCUCUCUUUCUCCCUCGCGCCGCGAAAUGUCAAGGCGAAGACGGCGAGUCUCUCGAGCUCUCGCUCUCUCGCUCGCCCGUCCGCUCGCUCGUUCCUUCGUCCGUUCGCGUGCGCGCACGUGGCGAUUUUUCGAAAUCGAGCGCGAUUUUCGCGCCGCCUCGUCGUCACGUAGCGCGCCCGAUUAUGUGUGACGUGAUACAAUUCACAUCGCGCUAUAUAUAUACUCGCGCCAAAUCAUCGCGACACAUUUUUUACCACCCCGCGAGCAGUCCUCGACUUUGGACUCGCUUCUGGAGUAACUUUCCGCGCGACGUCCGAAAGACGCACGCUAUCUGAGAAUUACGAAGUGUAGAGAAAAAAAGCAAACAUGUAUUUGAAAGUAUUUAUAUGGUAAUGCUUGCGCGCGCAACACACGCGUUUUUUCUGUAUUCCUUUUUGCCAAUUUCCUUUUUCUCGUAAUGUUUCACAUUUCCUUCGUGAGGGAGGGAGAGAGAGACGCGGAUAUCUCCGCGUGCGCGUCUCCGUAUCCAUUCGACACGGCGUAUCGCGGUGAUCCUUUUUAUGAGCCUGGGAAAAUCACGUAUCCCGCAGCAUGCACCAAAUAAUAAUAUCCUCGGGAGAUGAAACGACUCGCGCGUGAUUACUAUACACAUUAAAUCUCAGGUUUUUGCCGAGGCAGGGAACAGAUACGCUGGUGCAGCCUGUUUCUCUGUCAAUUGCACGAUCGGUCGUAUACGCUUCUUUGCCUCGCCGUCAAUAGGCCCCAUCAAUAGCGCGCGUGUGUCGGAGACCGUAAUGCGUGAAUACGCGUACACUCGUUAUGCCCCGCACAGAGAAAGGCGGAUUUUUGUCUCUUGACGGAGUAACGGAAUCUUCAAUUCGAGUGGUAGAUAUCGUGUGCUUUUACGCGCUUAAUCUAUCCACCUAGUUUCAAUUUGUAUGCUAACUACUUGAUAUGUCUAAUAAAUCCGGCAUCAGGCUAUGCACAGGAUAAUAUAUUCUCUCUCUAUCUCUCUCUUUCUCUUUUUCUAACUCUUUCUCUCUCGCUUUCUUUAUCUCUCUCUAACUGUCUCUCCAACUCCCUCUCUUUUUCUCCCUCUCUGUGUUACUCUUUCUUUCUCUCUUUCAACGCGAUGACACUUUCGACGCGGGUUGAAAACGCAUCCUAUAAAGUUCGGGCACGUUUUAUCGACAGGCGUUUCCAAUCGUGAACCGGUUCAAAUGCAAACUAUCAGCAAACCGGGCUUCUGGUAGUUUUCGAAAAUUUGGCGCACGCCGAAAGCAUUUUUAAAAGUCAUUUUCGAUGCGGCGCGUCAAACGAGGGGCACUUUUUCGACUGCAGCGAAUUACGCUCGUUUACGUUUUCGCUCGCACGUCUGCCUCUCUACUCUCCCCCCUCUCUUCGCGCUAUCAAAAUGCAGUCGUCGUGAAAACGCAAUAACGUUCGAAGGUGAAUGUAAAUAAUCGUCAUCGCGUACGAAAGUACGCCGACGGAACACGGGGUCGCAAAUGACACGAGUCGCGCGAUGAUGACAUGACGGAACAAUCUCGGCGAUUGUUUUACAUGUUAAGCAACAAUGCGCAAUCAUAGGUAUUCUUAUUUUGAAUGUGACGUAGAUCAGGCAUUGCAAAACGCCCGUGUCGUGCGAGAGACGCGGAGAUACUAACGGGCGUUGUGCGAUAUAUCGGUUUUAACGCGAUAUUCAAACAGCGCACUGUACACGUAUCAUUCGUAUAAAUCCGUUACCACCUCUGCAUCGUUGUGUUUGCACGGCAAUUAACGACGGGAAAUUCGCAUCCUUCGUGUCUGUUCGCCGCGAUAUUGUUUGGAAAACUUCCUCGAGUCGAAAUUUUUGCGCCGAAUUACCAUUGCAAAUUCUGUCGGACUUGAAGAACCGGUGGAGAAUCUCGAAGUACACGAAGAAAAUAUCACGGUAAACGUUACAAAAAAUUACUACAUAUUUGCUUAAAAAUAUUAUAUUAUGCACGCUUGAUUUUUUGUUACAAAAUUUUUGUAAUUGCUUGAAAUACAUUUUCAUAUCAUUAUAUCGUGCACCGGAUAAAUUGUCAAAUUUUUUUACUACUUAUAUAACAAUCAGUACUAUAAUUUCAAUAAAGUCCAGCUUUACAAAAAAAAAGUAUUAGAAAAAGAAAUCUAAUUUCUACUAAAAGAAUAUUUUUUUUUGUGUAUAACGUUGUUAUCAACGUUAUUGUUAUUGUCUUUCGAUGGAACGAAUAGUUACAACUAUUUUGUUGAGACUGAAGUAAUUUGUUUAUAAAUUAUUUAAUAUUCAAUUGUUUCUCAAUAGAAUCUACCUGAGUUUGAUCUCUCUUUAUUCGUAAUUUCACUAAGCAAUGUAUUAAUUAUGUAACUUAUUCAACCAUCGACAAAAUAUUGCGAUAAGCAAGUAUUAAUAAUAUAAGGCCAAUAAGAUAAUACGAGUUUCUAAUAACAUCGAUUAGAUCUUAAUUUGAUUUUUAGUCUUGCCCAGAUAAAGCUCAAAUUAAAAAAUUUAAUUGCCUUUGGUAGAGAUGAAACAACAACAUUUUCUUUCUUCAUAAUCUCUUUUUCCUUAUUCUUGUUUUUAUUGGCGUUGAAAACUUCGGCAGGAUUUAAAGGCUCAAGACAGAUGAGAGAUCAAGUCUCGCGAGCGACUGCCGCUGCGUCCUGCGUCCUGCGUUCAGUCUUGGAGUCGACUUCUGAAGAAGAUACGAUUCGAUCGGAAACGCGAUGUUAAUGAGUCAUCGUGCGUUAAUCGACGACGAUCGUGCGUUAAUCGACGACGAGAGUAGCACACUUUCAGUACGCGCCGCGUACGCAACCGCUCUUCGAUAAAUGGACAAUUCAGCGAUCUCGAAAAUAUGCUGUAACAAGACGUUGCAGGUCGUAAUUUCUCGGUCACCGAAUAUGCACGUCAUUGAUCGGUGAGCGGCGAUGGUGGGGGGCGCCCGUCUGUUGUAUCCUUCUGCCGAUUGUUUUGGUACUCUCACGCGUCACGUACUAGUCCGCGACCGCGUCAUUAGUCCUGCGUCGGCAAGCGCGAAGUACAUGCCGUGUAGUCCGUAUAUCGGUGCGUCGUUGACUACGAUUUAUUCGCUGAACGGAGAGAAAGAUGAGAGUAUUUUCGUUGGCCGUUGAAAUAUUUUAUCGGAUGCCUUCGCCGCGGCAUCGCGCGUUAAUUAACACGCGUUUUCUCCGAUCGAAUCUUAUCCACGCGAGUGUCAGUGUUGGCAAAUAUUCUGUGCGUCGAAGUAGCCAGGAAUAGGACGCUGAAUUCGGAAGCCAGGACGCAGGAUGCUUGCACGUGAGCAGCCAUAAACUUCCAGAUAGCAACCGGUGACGGUUCUCUACCGGCGAGCUGCGGGCAUCUUCGCGCGAGAGGACGGCGAGGAAGGUCGGCGAAACGAGCGUCGUAGGAGAAUUUGGCGGAAGAAAAGGGAGAGAGAAAGAGAAAGGGAGAGAGAGAGAGAGAGAGAGAGAGGGGACCACUGUGCGAAAGGCACAUACAUCUUCGCCGGAAGGAGCGGGGGGAGGACGGCAGGGUGAGAGAGGGGUAACGAGAUAGAGAGAGAAAGCGGGAGAGGACGCGCCGGCGGCGACAGACUGCAUUCUCGUAGCGCUCAGGGCGCAAGCGUGCACGUGUGUUGUGCGUUUCUGUGCCCUAACCCUGUCCCGCUACCUGGGAGGAGUAGCGUGGUCGUCGUCCCUCCGCGGCUUCAUCCCUACCUCGCCGCCGUUGCCGCCGUUGCCGCCACCGCCACCGCCAACGACACCGUCGACUCGCCAUCCCUCCGACGCUCGUGUAGGAGCGCCGCGCCGCGCCACGGCCGACGAAACGACGGCGACGACGACGACGACGACGACGACGACAGGACUCCCACUACCACCGCCACCGCCGCUACCAUUACAACCGCUACUACCACUACACCGGCGGCUUCCGACAACGACGCCGACGACGACGACGACGACGACGACGACGACGACAACCACGACGACGACGACGACGACGACGACGACGUUGACUUCAGCCUCUCCUGCCAACUCGCUACGUCACGCGUGACGUUGCACCCGGCAGCGUGCUGCACGUUAGCGCGGCGACGUGUACACGCGCGCUACUCUCUUCUUCCCUCACGCACGUCUCACGCUCACGAGGCGCGCUGAAAGACACAGGUACGCCGGUGGUGGAAGAGAAGGUGAACGAAGAGGAGGAGAGGAACAACAAGGUGGUGGGAGUAGACGAGGGGUAGAAGGUGGAAAUCGGAAAGAGGCACGGAAGGGAAACUAGGGCCGUAGGGGAGGAGUGGCAAGGGGUAGGAGGGAGUGCAAGAAAGAGGAGGAAGAGGAGAGAGGACGUCGACGACGACGACGACGACGACGACGACGACGAGGGCGACAACGGCGACGACGACGAGGACGGAGGAGCGCCGGCGGUGGAGGGGGUGGACAUCCACGCGGGAACACGAGGCAGGCGUACCCGGCCGGCACGCGCACACACAUCCUAAGAUGUGAUUUCAAAAAUGGCGGAUUGCCCCUAUGCCCGCUGCAUACAGGAACGCAGACACAUCCGACGGGAACUGCUGCGAUGGACAAAGAAUAUGGUCUUCGUAGUCGGUCUGGAACGGGUAGCGGAGGAGUUGAUGGGCCGUAGGAGAUGGAAGCAAUACCAGGACACCCUGUACAGCGGCACCCGCAGCAGCGAAUCAGCGACGGCACAGCCCCACCAUCGGCUUUACCCGGCGUUGUCGUCGUCCUGCAACCCGAUAGCCGGGAGUCUGGACCAAAUUGGGCCGCAGCUGCAUCACCCGGUACCCUCGUCGUUGUCGUCGACGGUGCUGACGACGGCGACGACCACGACGACGACGACGACGGCGACAGCGACGACUCUCGCUACUGGUGUGGUGAAGCAGGAGAGCCUGCAGAGGCAUCACCUGCAGAACCACCAUCAUCAUCUACAACCACCGCCGACGUCGGAUCAUCACCUGCAGCAGCAAGAAGAUUCGCGCCGCCUGAGGCCGGGCGAGAUCAAGGUCGAGGUCGCCGAAGUCGACGAGCCGACGGACGGCAUCGCGCGGGAGGACUCCUCCUCGGCGAGAACGGCAGACACGACGACGUCGGCUGCGACGGCGACAGCGGGGGUGGCGACGACGGCAGCAGCGACUACCAUCAGCACCACGGUGACGGCGACGUCUACCACGUCUACGACGACGACCGGCACGACGACGAUAACGACGAGACGGCGACGUGGACGCCGGCAGAACGACGGGGAGGACGCCGACGGAGAGGAGGACGGCGACGAGAACGACGAAGAGACGGGACGGGGCCAGAACGAGGCGGAGAAACGGCUCAAGCUCGACGAGGACGUCGACAGGUCGGUCAGCCCUCUCAGGACGGAGAACGAUCGCGCGACUCGGGAUCAUCCGACUGCCAACGCUACCGACACGGAAGGGACCAAGGAACGAACGGAGGAAGUCGCGUUGGAGCGGGCACCGGUAACGCAGGGCUUGCUGAGGGUAAAGAAGGAGGAAGAGCUGCAGGAGGUACCGGGUUCCGGCGGCGGCACGACGAUACUGACGACGCCGGCGACGGAUUCGGAAGGGACCAGGUCGGGGCUGUUAUGCCGCGAGGGGAACGCGACCGCGCCGAGCGCCGCGGCGCCGUUCCUCCUUGGAAGCCGACGCACGAGCCCACCGCCGGAGGACUGGAAGCCGCUCGACAAGUGUUACUUCUGUCUCGACGGCAAGCUACCCCACGACGACCAGGCGCCCCUUAGUCCGCAGAGUGACAGUAGCAGCAGCUCGCGAUCGGCGGAGUCACCGAUGUCGGUCCAGGUGGACCCGAUGGCGGCGUCCGUGGUCGCCGCCGCUCUCAGCGGCACUUACCCCACCCUGCUGCCCCAAUGGUGUUUGCCGCCGAGGGAGGCACCCCUCGUCAGGGUGCAGACCCAUCAGGACAGCGCCACGGCGGCAGACCAACCGCUCGAUCUCUCGGCUAAGCCCAGAAAUUCUCAGGAUAACAACAUAUCUCUGCUGGAGCAACAGAAAAUACCUCUGAGGAUGCCGACAGGCAUCGAUCCCAAGAGUAUCCUCAACUCGUGUUACCGCGCGAAACCGCGAAUGACCGGACCGGUUGCGGCCGCGGCAGCGGCGGCGGCGGCGGCGGCUGCGGCGGGCGUCGGUGGUGUUCCGGGGGUGGUGAGUGCCGGGGGUGGCAGGAGGACCUACACCGAGGAAGAGUUGCAGGCUGCCCUCAGGGACAUCCAGAGCGGCAAGCUCGGCACGCGGAGGGCGGCGGUGAUCUACGGGAUACCGCGUAGCACUCUGCGCAACAAGGUCUACAAGCUCGCGAUGGAGCGCGAAAGGGACGCGUCCCUGUCUAGCACCCAUUCACACCCUCACGAGCCCGGCGCCCCAGCCACCACCACCACCACCAUCACCACCACCACCACCACCACCAUUACUACUACUACAACACCAAAUACGACCCAAAACGCCUCCGCGACCACUCCGCCCCCGCAAGUGGACGAGGUGGACGAUAAAGAACUGUCCGGAGCGGAAGAGGAGAAGGAAGUCGAGAAAGCUCUGCUGAAGCCGCUGCUCUCGUUGGAGGAUCUCGUCAGGUUCUCCGCGCUCGAAGGUACCGGCGGUGAUUCCCUGAGAAGCCUGCUGCAACGGGGACACGAGACGGGGGCCGAGUGGCCGGGACUGGAACAUGCGAACAUCGGCCCUUACAUCCAAAAGAUGCUGGCUGCCGCGGCACCGUUGGGCAUCGAGACGCGAGACUACCGCAUACCCGACGUGGUGAGGAAGCUGAUGAGCGAGGACAAGAGGCUGAACAAGAAUGUGAACGGUGACCAGUCGCAGCCGCACCAUCAGCAACACCACCAUCAGCACCAUCACCUCGGCGCGCACCAGCAGACGCAGUCGCAGCAACAGCAGCGCACGCCGAUGACGAACGACGACUUCAAUCCCAACAUCGAGGAGGAGGCCAGCGACAGCGCUCAGGGCAGAGCGAUACUGAAAAUUCCGUCCUACAAGCCCGCCAGCACGCCGGGCUGUUCCAGCAAGAACGGCGAGCCGACUUCCGCCGCGUUCGCCCAAGGCUUUGCGGCUGCCGCCUCGAGUCCGGGUCUCCUGGAGCGAGCUAGUCCAGCGUUCUCCGGCACCAGCAGCCCCACGAAUUCGCUGGUGGGCAAAGCGGUGGCGGUCAACUUCCGCGACGUCAUCGCCAAGAGCAUCAGCGUCAAGUUCCAAGAGGGUCAGACGCCCGGCGCGACCGGUCUUCCGGGUUGCCAAUCGGCCAGUGUCGUCCAGCCGCAACAAACAAUGAUGACGGACCCGAGUCCGUUCAAGAGGGGUCGCUACACACCCCCGCAGCCGCCGCCGCAGCAACAGCAACAAUCGCAGCAGCAGCAACAGCAGCAGCAGCAGGCCAAGCAGCAGUCGCAGGAGGCGAACAAGCCGAAACCGGGCACCGGCGGCAAAGGCACCCGGCCGAAACGCGGCAAAUACAGGAACUACGACAGGGACAGUCUCGUAGAGGCGGUACGCGCGGUUCAGCGCGGCGAGAUGAGCGUGCAUCGUGCUGGCAGCUAUUACGGAGUGCCGCACUCCACCCUCGAGUACAAAGUCAAGGAGCGGCAUCUCAUGAGACCGCGAAAGAGGGACCAGAAGCAACCAGACGACAAGUCGAAGGAGACUGCGACGACGGCGGCGGCGGCAGCGGCGGCCGCGGCGAUGCGACCGGGCGCCGGCGUCGACAAGAAGCCGCAGUUGAAGCCGCAAAAACCGUUCACGCCGCCGGGUGGCAUACCCGGGCCGAAUGGGCUGAAGAUGCCAGCGUUUAUGGAGGGCAUGCCCCAUCUGCCGUUCGGGGCCUUCAGCUUUUGGAACCCGACGCCGUUCAUGCCUUCUCCCUUCAUGAGUGGCGCGCCCAACGUGCCGAUCCUGCCGGAACAGUAUUUCGCGUCGCAGAGAAUGCGCGGACUGCAGGAGCAACAACGAAACGCGGCGAUGGUGCAGCAGCAGCAGCACCAGCAACGAGAUCGCGACGGGAUCGCCGGGACGGCGGAUGCAGCGGGCACCUCGAACUCUCGCGGCGCGUCGAUGGUGAAGACGCCACGCGACAUGGUGGAGAGUAUCUACGACGGGCCUGGCGCGAACGGUAGUUUCCUGGACAAUCUGAUCAGGUCGAGCCUCGAGACAGGCAUUCCAAGGGACCAGCGGGCGAUCGCAGACGCGAGGAGUCAGCAGCAGCAGUCGUCGUCGUCGCAGCAGCAGCAGCAGCAGCAACACCCGGAGACGAUGAGCAGCAAAACGCUGAUCGACCAGCUCUGCAGAAACUCGAGGAGAACCCCGCUGCCGCGAAUAGCGCAGGACAGCAGCGAGGAUGAGAGUUAUCGAGGACCAGCGGCGGCGGCGUCAGGCAGAAUCGUGCCGGAAAGGCCAGAACGCGUGCCCACGGUCGAUCUUAGCCCUUCACCGUCGGAAAGGGGUCGCACGGAUGAUGGCAGCGACCGGCUGACGUCACCGCCGACACCCUUGUCGAUCUCCAGAGCGGGCAGCAGGGACGAAGACAGCACCCGCGACUCUAGGAUCGAUCGCAGCAGUAGGGAGCGCGAGGUUCACAACGGCGGUCAGGAGGACCGGAAACCUCUGAAUCUGCAGCAGCAACCGCAGUCGCAGUCGCAACAGCAGCAGCAACAGUCGCCGCAGCAGCAACAGCAACAACAGCAACCACAGCUGAACCACUACCCGGACUUACACAACCUCUACGCCGUAUCAACUGACAAAAAAAGUGCCUGUGAUAGUAAGCUUAUAGUAGAUCAUUCGAGCCAGAAAACUCAGCCGCAGCAACAACAAAAGGAGUACGCUGCCGUGAGCGGGCUGGUCGUGCAACUGCAGAGGGGCUACAACACCGCGAGCAACAGGUCCGGCGAGUCGACUAACAGCAGCCAGCAGCCGGCGGAACAGCGCGGCCCCGCGCUCAGCAUGGAGGACUCCGUAGAGCAGUAGACGAAAGUCAGUAUCAGUUAUCCGUAAAGUAUACAGUUAUGAGUACACAGUGAAGAAAAGACCCGUAUACAGUAAGCCCACAUUCCCGCCCAGAUCUCUCCGCCAUCUUCUCUCACACGCACCGAUCCCGUGCGCCCUCUCGCCGUUGCGCGCCGCCGCGAACCGGACCUUCCCUUCCGCUCUCGAUCGCACGACUUUUCUUUUCCCGACUUUUUCUCCCGGAUUCGUUCGGAGAGACGAGUGUCUCUCUUGGAGGAGACGUCGCGCGCGCAAGAACGGACGUGAUCGCAGGCACGAAGAAGGGAAUUCUCCGACGCGGCGCGACAACGCGACGACAACACUCCACUCCGAUUAUCCCACGUAUACACACACGACCUUGCUCCCUCCUCCACAACCUUUUCCGUUCCAAUCGGAAGAAAAAAGGCAAACAAACAAACCCUCGAACGUUGCCAGGUGAGUUGCCAGUGCAAGAAGGGGAGAACAGAAGCGAAAAGAGAAUGAUAAAAGAUGACACGCACGAUGCUAAGUACAACCAACCGUAAAUCCACUGCGAUUCCGCCAGUUAAGCGCAACAUCCGCCGUACGAACCCGCGUCCAGCUGGCCGGUCCGGCCAACCUGGCGUCAGGCGCGCGUGCAGGAAAUCCUUUCGACUAUGGCGAAAGUAUAUUUCGGACCGAAGUAUACGAGUGAACGAGACGGAUAUAAAGAACAUAACAUACUCACACACACACACACACACACACACACACACACACACACACAUAUAUAUAUAGACGCGUGAUAUAUUCAUCGUAUCGAGUACUCACGCGACGAUACACACUUUAGCAGAUGCACGGAUUCAUUCUAAUCGCGUUUCCACGAGCCAGACAUUCCAUGAAACUUUUAGAGACACAUAACGAUACACACGUUCCAACACACACAGACACGUAUAGUAUCACACAUAUACACAGAUAUACGAGUACACUAACGAGAGUAUACAAAAAUGGGGAACACAUAACGAGAUACUUAGACGUCGCGCGCGUGCACGCGUCGCUACACGUGCGAGCGGCGGCGGUGGCGACGCGGCCCCGAGUACUCCCCGGGUCUCCUUUGCGCUACACCACCGAGAGAGCUGUCGAGAGUGUGCUCGCUGCUUGAAUCUCGUCGUCAGCCCAGACAACCGACGGACAAGCCGCCUAAUAGAGCUCAAACUUCAAGUCGUAUUCGACCAGCGAGCUUUCCGUCGAGCAGAACUCUCUUCUUUCCUCUCGACGGGCUCGGCGUGCGUGGAACGGGACGCGCGCACAAGAACUACCUCCUCGCUCGGUGGUGUUAGGCAAAGGUCGAAGGUCGGGGCGAGCGGGAACGCGAACACAAAUCACGCAUCGGCUCCGCGGCCGAUCCCGUCGCGUUUUCGACUCGCGCCGACCAACAUCUACGACGGACGCGGGGACUCGGCGAUCAACUCGGCGGUGUCCUGCCCCGAGAGUCCCGUCGAGUCCUGCAGCGCGGACGUUGAAGAGGGAAACUCGGCCGUGCAGCUCGGCCGCGCCAACCUGUGUACGCGCGAGCACGCGCGACGCGAAACCUUAGCCGCUCGAUGAUUAUUAUUACGAUUAUUAAUUACUGCUACCACUACCGAUCGGUGGACGACGACGAAAGGUCAAACGAUGGAACAAAAAUGCCGACGCGACAACAUAUUUUUUCCUCUCUAUGAGUGUAAAACUACCUAAUAUGCAACAAAAAAAGAAAAGAAGAUAAAGAAAAGAAAUCUUAUUACCUACUAUAUUAAACACUACUCUUAACUCGUAAGGAGCGACAUAAUUAUAUAAGGAAUAAUAUAUUAUAUAUACAUAUAUUUUUGGUCAUUACGAACGUGUGCGAAGCGAGAACGAGCCAAGGCUUUUGUUGGCGCGCGUAGAUGACGUUUUUUCACGAGGCGACAAUAUUUCUAUAAUUCUCGGUUGUUGUUUCGAGGCCAGUGUCCGACACGUCUGCCCGCGUUUCGGGCAUGUCAGGCGCGGCGGGACGGGGCAGGAUGGGAACGCGGCGAAUAGCGGGACGCGAUCUUCGUCGUUGGAUAUUGCCGACCGAUAUGGUUUUUUCGACAGGGCUCGCGCGACCUUUGGCUCGUCCGGAUUGGCUCGCCGAUCGAUGCAACGGGAAUGCAAUGAGAUCCGAGAUGAUGAAUGCUCGCGUCCGUUUGUAUUUCUUUUUCUUUUUUUUUUUUUUACGAAUUCCUUUUAUUUACGAAGACAGAAAAUUUGUGCGCGGCUCACGUCGGAGGAGCGACGUUCAGGCAGAAUCGUUAUAUAAUAUUCGCGCGGCGAAUUCACAGCCUCCACGAAAGCCGAGAUACUUAAAAGUCUUUCGCCGCGUGUUUCGGACUAGACGCGACCUUGUCGUUCCCACACUAGUCGAUAAAGCGUCGUUGCGACAAUAGACUGCGUUCCUUUUGAGCGCUCAAGCCCUGUAAGUGCCAUUCUAUCUUUAUCGCUCAUUAGAUGCGGAAGAAAGAUAGAGUGACGCUUAUAAGCGCUUAAAGCACAUGAGCGCCCAAAAGGAACGCAGCCUUUGAUAUUUUUCGAGGAGAAGUUUCGUUUCGGACGCGCCGAAAACAAAGUUUUCACAUUUCUGGUUAGAAAAUGCCGCGUAAAAGAAGCACCCGUGCGUAAUCGCACACACCUAAUAUUCUAUGUAAUACAAUAAAAUCUGAGAACACUUGAAAGUUAAAUCACAAUGGAACACUACGAGAGCUUUCAAUCGAUCGAAUUUUUAUGCACUUUUGAUUCACGAAAUUCGAUGUCACACGCACAUGCGCACGUAUGUGCGGAGUUCGACAGACCAAAACAGACAAGUUUUGGCCGAGCUUUUGCUUUCGCAGGCAAUCACGGCGACGAAGAUCGCGGUCUGCCGGCGUCGCGUUAUCGAAUUAGAUCACGGUCCAAAAAUCCAGGCGAAACUAGAAAGAAUCGCGGACGCGAGAAUUCAGAAAGUGUGAUUGGGGGAACGAGAAAUUCAGUAAAACGCAAAAAACAAAAGGCAAGGAAGAAGGAAAGGAAGAAGGGAUACUGUUGCAACGCGCGCGCGCCCGCUCUCGACUCGGUUUCGAUACCGGAAGCGCAAACUUUUUCUUAAGCGCGAGACGCCCACUUUUUGAUACGAAUACAAAUUUUCUACCGCGUAGAGGGAAACAGAGAAAAAAGAGAGAGACAAAGAGAGAGAGAGAGAGAGAGAGAGAGAGAGAGAGAGAGAGAGAGAGAGAGAGAAAGAAAGAGAGAAAAGGAGAAGAGACAGAGACUGUCGCAGCUGCGGCAACGUGAAUGUAGGCGGCGUUGUAGCGUUUCUUCGCUAGAGGGAAAAAACCCACUCGAUUCUAGGGGAAUGUAUUUCUCUCUGUGUUUUUUAUUUUCCACCGGUUCCCGCGUGUUCAUUCACGAGACCAGCGUAGCCAGCGUCGCGACGCACCGGCACGGAUUUCGGACCGACACUUUUUGGCCGCGCCUCGAUCAUCCGUCGCUGAUUUGGAAUAACGGCGGCGCGAGUGUCGAACGAAUAACAAGUCGCGACGUCUCGAGCGGCCGCAAGUCUCUCUCUUUCAUUCGGUUUUCCAUAGAUUCACGCGGUCGUGCACGUGCGUCCGUUCGUUAUUAUCAUUACAGUCUGCACGCGGGGGAUGCAACAAAUGCGCGCGAAGCGAGCAUCCUCCGAGGAUACGGGAAAUUUUCACGGGAAAGUUGGGGAAGAUUUUUGAGUACGCGGGAGUAAUCGAUGAAAGGUUCGCGGUAAAUGUUGAGAUGUGCAAAAGUUGAAGUGGUUCCAGCGCAAAAUUAAGAUGCUUGUAGACGCGUGCAAUUCGGUUUUAAAAUUUCUCUUAAUUUGAGCUAUAUGUAUGGAUUGUGGGAAACAGCUCAGUGAAAAUUUAUCGAUUGUUCCGCUUUGAAUUGAAAGAUUUUUAAGCAACCUCAUAUAUUUCGCGGUGAUAAGAGGGAAAUCCGGUUCUUCUGAUGAUCCAACGACGUGCACGACCGUCACGGAAUCUCGUCACAAUCCUCGGUUGAAAUUCCGUUUCGUAGACGAUUCGCGGAUAGGCAUUGCAAAAAGGGACGUCAUUUCGUUAGUAUAGCAGACAGACGGUUGGACCAAGACGAGAUAGACGGGGACGAGAGGCCGGAAGGUUCGGAGGCUAGACGUACGCGAGAAAACGGCGACAAAUAGAAAAAUAAAAACGGUGCUGUAGUGCGGGCCAGGAUUUCCUAUUUUUCUCGCAUAGUCGAGCGUAGUCGGGGUAAACGACGCGAACAAAUAUAAGAAGGAAGGAAACGAAGGGGAGAUAUAGAGCAGAGCAGCGAGCGGGAGAAAGAAGCGAAAAAAGGAUGAUUCACACACGCACUCAUCUCAUGACUCUCUUUAAAAGUAACGACUGAAAGACUCUAGGCUGUACAUAAAGUAUAAGGCAUGUAUGUUCGGUGUUUUAAAAAUGCAAAAAUUCCUUAUUAACGCAAAAAAAAAUUAUACCUACGAAAAAAAGUAAACCAUAUAAGCAAGGCUACUCUCUCGGUGUUUUUUGGAACUAAACUUAAAAUUUACCCUAUUUAAAGCAAAAAAACCGUGAAUAAUGUAACUUUAAAGGAAGCGCGCGUAAACGCGGAAACAAGUUAUUGAGUGUAAACGUUAAGGUCUCCUUAGGGUUAAAAAGUAAAAAAAAAACA